AUGGCUCACAGGCCGAAAAGGACCUUCCGGCAGCGCCGAGCCGACUCCAGUGACAGCGACAGCGCCGAGGAGCCCUCGGCUGAACCCGGGGCGCCGGGGGAGCAGGCAGUCCCGGGCCCUGAGGAGGAAGGGUCUCCCCAUGAAGGAGACCGUGCGGAGGCCGCGGAAAGGCCCCUUCGCGCCCGGGGCCCUCGGGGCCGGGGCCGGGUUUGGGCCACUUCCCGGCGCGCGGCCGGAGCGGCUCCCCGAGCGGACGGCGGUGCGGGCGCCCCAGAAUGCAGAACAGUUGACCUUUCAACUGAUGAAGAGGAUGGAACAUACGAUGCCUCAGAAAGUAAGGAUGAUCAGAGCUCAUCUUCCGACAGCUCUAGCUCUCUGGAAGAGGAAUUUUCAUCAAUAGUAAAUAUCCCUGAUGCAGCUUUUAUUCAGGCAGCCCGCAGAAAACGUGAAUUGGCCAGGGCCCAAGAGGACUAUAUUUCUUUGGAUGUAAAACAUCUUUCUACCAUCGCUGAUACGAAGAAAGAUAGUGAUGAAGAUCCUGAGAGUGAGCCUGAUGACCAUGAAAAAAGAAUACCAUUUACCCUAAAGCCUCAAACACUUAGACAAAGAAUGGCUGAAGAAACAACAACCAGAAAUGAAGAAUCAAGUGAAGAAAGUCAGGAAGAUGAAAAACAAGAUACUUGGGAAGAGCAGCAAAUGAGGAAAGCAGUUAAAAUCACAAAGGGAAGAAACAUAGAUCUUUCUCAUAGUAGAGAAUUUCAAACAGUGAAGAAGUUUGAUACUUCCAUUUCAUUUCCACCAGUAAAUUUAGAAAUUAUAAAGAAGCAAAUAAAUAGAAGAUUAACAUCACUGCAGGAUAUUCACCGCUCACAUCAGAGAGAAUAUGAAAAAUAUGUAGAAGAUGUCAAAAGCUCAAAGAAUGCCAUCCAGAACCUAGAAAAUUCAUCAGAUCAAGCUCUAAAUUUUAAAUUCUAUAAAAGCAUGAAAAUUUAUGUGGACAAUUUAAUUGACUGUCUUAAUGAAAAGAUUAUCAACAUCCAAGAAAUAGAAUCAUCCAUGCAUGCACUCCUCUUAAAACAAGCCAUGAUCUUUAUGAAACGCAGGCAAGAUGAAUUAAAACAUGAAUCAACGUAUUUACAACAGUUAUCACGCAAAGCUGAGACAUCAACAAAUGGAAGCUUGGCUAUAGAUGAAAAAAUUCAAUGUAUUUUAGAAGAAAUUGAAUCUCGAAGGGCUCAAAGAAGACAAGCAAGGGCACUUUCUGGGAAUUGUGACCAUCAGGAAGGGACUUCUAGUGAUGAUGAACUAUCUUCAGCAGACAUGGCUGACUUCCAAAAAAGUCAAGGUGACAUUUUACAGGAUCAUAAGAAGAUCUUUGAAGAUGUGCAUGAUGAUUUUUCUAAUAUCCAGAAUAUUUUAUUAAAAUUUCAACAAUGGCGAGAAAAGUUUCCUGAUUCUUAUCAUGAAGCUUUCAUUGGUUUAUGCAUACCAAAGCUUUUAAACCCCCUAAUACGAGUUCAGUUGAUUAAUUGGAAUCCUCUUAAGUUUGAUUCCAUAGGUUUAAAACAGAUGCCAUGGUUCACAUUUAUAGAAAAGUUUAUAGAUAAUAGUAUGGAAAAUUCAAAGAAGGAAGAUAAUUCCGAUAAGAAAAUCUUGUCUUCUGUCAUCAACAAAACAAUUAUCCCACGACUUACAGACUUUGUAGAAUUCAUAUGGGAUCCUUUGUCAACCUCACAGACAACAAGUUUAAUAGCUCACUGCAGGAUGAUUCUUGAAGAACAUUCCACUUGUGAGAAUGAAGUUAGUAAAGGCAAACAGGACUUAGUUAAAUCCAUUGUUUCAAGAAUGAAGAAAGCAAUAGAAGAUGAUGUUUAUAUUCCACUGUAUCCAAAGAGUGCUGUAGAAAAGAAAACAUCACCACAUUCAAAGUUUCAAGAAAGACAAUUCUGGUCAGCUCUAAAGCUCUUCCGCAAUAUUCUUUUGUGGACUGGACUCCUCCCAGAUGACACCUUGAAAGAGCUAGCACUGGGGAAGCUACUAAAUCGUUACCUUAUCAUAGCUCUUCUUAAUGCUGUGCCUGGGCCAGAUAUCGUUAAAAAGUGCAACCAGAUAACAGCAUGUUUACCAGAAAAAUGGUUUGAAAAUUCUACCAUGAGAACAUCUAUUUCCCAGCUGGAAAACUUCAUCCAGUUUUUAUUGCAGUCUGCACAUAAACUAUCUAGAAGUGAAUUCAGGGAUGAAGUCAAAGAAAUAAUUCUUAUUCUGGUGAAAAUAAGGGCUUUAAAUCAAGCAGAAUCCUUCAUAGAAGAGUAUCACCUAGACCAUCUUAAACCAGUAAUUAAUCAAGUUUGA